AUGUAAAUUUAUGGUGAAAACAAUCUUUUAGAAGUGAAAUAUAAAAGUUCUUUUAAAUUAAAUAAUUAAUAAUUGUCUUUAAUUAAUAAUGGAAUCGUAAAUAAUUUAGAAUAAAAGUUAAAUGCUUAACUUAAUUCAUUUAAUAGCAAAAUUCAAAAAAUAUUAUUUAAUUUAUUUUUACAACAAUAUUAUGACAGUAAAAACUAAAGAAGUUUUAUAUUUUAAGAGUAUUAAAGCCUUCCAAACUAUUUUAAUGGAUUUAAACAUUAAUUAGAUACAUUUGAAAUUAGAAUACAAAUUCUUAUAUAAAUAUUCUGUGUAUAUUUAUUAAAAAUUGAAUUGAAUUUUGAUUAAAGUUUUUCAUAAAAUGACGUUAUUCUCAUUAAUUCUAAUAAAUAGAUCAAACUUGAUAUGUUUUAGUUUUAAACUAAUAUUCAAUUCAAAAAUAAUUAGAGCAAUUAAUCAAUUAAUGAAGAAUAGCACAGUUUGUUAAAAUAUUUUGAAUUAUUAAUACCAAAAAAAGUAUAUAAAAAUAUUAAAUUUUAAAGGAAAAAUAAAUAUUGA